UUGGCAUUUUAAGAAAUAAUAUCAGAAAAUUUGAUUUUUCAGCGUUGACGUUAUCAGAGCGAUAAUGCAAAUUAGGUCAUUAAUCAAUUGAAGUACGCUCGAUCUAGAUUCAAAAUCAGUACAGUGUGUCUGGACAAUAUUAUCACCUGCAUUAUAACAAUUGGGGAAAUUGGAAAUCCGACAACUGGCUUAUCUCCAGAUCUCCAGAAUCAGAUUUGCUCGUGGAAAGUGUGACAUUUUUCGUUGCAGACGAUAUUUAGUAUCAACAAAGACUGGCGCCACGAUGGUCCGCUCCAAUUUCCUCCUGGCAGCAAUCGCUGUCUACGUCAUAAAUGUUAUUCCACACAGCAAGGCAGCGAGCAUAGAAAAUAGAGAAACCGCGUAUUGGGAAUCGAGCGUAGAGGAAGAGGAUAGCGAGUUUUACGUGCAAUUUACGCCGGUGUCACGCGACGAGGCGUUCAAAAGGUGCAAGUCGAUGGACAUGCAUCUCGCAGCCAUCACGUCCCAGCAAAAGUGGGAAUCGGUCAAAUUUUGGCUCCUCUUGAACGGCUUUUACUGGGGCUACUUCUGGACGAGCGGAGUGAUGGAGUUGGGCGCCAGCAGCUGGGUUUGGGAAAACUCCAAGCAGGAGGUCACCGAGUUCCAGUGGGCGCCGUUCCAGCCAGAACUAGAUGGAGAUGAUGAAAGACAGUGCAUUGGCUUCACCGUUGAACUCGGCGGCUGGUACGUCUUUGACUGCGAUCACGAAAGACUUUCAUUCAUCUGCGAGAGAUGAGACUGAUAUUAAUUAAAUUAUUUUAGAUACUAGAAAUAUUAAUAA